AUGGAAGAUACAAGAAGUGCAGAGGAGGAAUGGGAGCCUAAGCCUGGAAUGAUUUUUGAUUCGCUUGAUAAUCUUGUCCAACACUACAAAAGCUAUGGGAAUAAAAUGGGUUUCGAAGUUAUUAUACGAUCUUCAAAGAAAGGAUAUGAUGGAGAGGUGACAAACGCGACACUAGCUUGUUCUUGUAUUGGGAAGUCACGCAGUAACCCCGUAAAUGCUUUUAAAAUGCAUCCAGUAACAAAAACUGAUUGUAAGGCUCGAAUUGGUGCAGCUGUACGUUCUGAUGGCAAAUGGAAAAUAUGUUCAGUUGUGUUUGAUCAUAACCAUGAACUCAGUAGUCCUACCAAAAGUAGAUAUUUCAGAAGCAAUCGAAUUAUACAACCAUAUGUAAAAAGAAAGCUUGAAGUGAAUGAUAGGGCUGGGAUUAGGCCAAAUAAAAAUUUCAAUUCCAUGUUAGUUGAAGCAGGCGGUGCUGAGAAUUUGCCUUUCCUACAGAAAGAUUGUAGGAACUACAUUGAAAAAGUUAGGAGGUUACGACUUGAUGAAGAAGGUCGAUUAAAGAAUGUUUUAUGGGUGGAUGCAAGAAGUAGGGCUGCAUUUAAAGAGUUCGGUGAUGUUGUGACAUUCGACACUACAUAUUUGACCAACAAGUAUGAUAUGCCGUUUGGUGCUUUUGUUGGUGUUGAUCAUCAUGGUCAUUCGAUACUGUUAGGUUGUGGGUUAAUCUCCAACGAGGACACAAAGACAUUUGUAUGGCUUUUUCAAUCUUGGCUUGCAUGUAUGUUGAAUUGCGCUCCUAAAGCAAUAAUCACUGAUCAAGAUAAGGCAAUGCAAAAUGCAAUUGAGAUUGUGUUCCCUGGUACACGACAUAGAUGGUGUUUGUGGCAUAUAAUGAAGAAAUUGCCUGAAAAACUUAGAGGUUAUAGUCAAUAUGAACAGAUUAAGUUUUCUUUGCAAAAUGCCGUGUAUGAUUCAUUGACAUGUGAGGAGUUUGAAGAACGUUGGAAUAGGUACAUUGAUAAAUACAACCUUCACGACAAUGAUUGGUUGCUUGGUGUACAAUGA